AUGCCUCCCUCAGCCUGCUGGACGUGCCGACUACGUCGCAAGAAAUGCAACCGAGCCAGGCCAAUAUGUUCGUCGUGCGCAGAGCUCUCCAUCACCUGUCACUACAGUGCGACAAAACCAGACUGGAUGGACGGUGGUGACAAGCAGCAAGACAUGGCGAGAGCCAUCAAAGCCCAAGUGAAGCAAAGUGCUUCGUCUCGCAAGGAGUCAAACCUCAAAAUCAAGGUGUUUGCGACGGAAUCCAAUCAAGUCUCGCAUAUUUCACCCUCAGAAAAGCCAAGAUCCUUCACGGCAGGCAAAUCCUCACCUAGUGCCAAGACCCCAGCCAGCGACAAUGCACACGAGGGCUACCCAACCGUGGACACGUCAGACGACUUCUUCAUAACGUUAUAUCUAGAUACCGUCUUUCCCGUGCUGUUCCCUUGGUACCAGCCUCCGGCAUUAUCUGGCGGACGCAGCUGGAUUCUCGUCGUGCUCAAGGCCAACAAAGCCAUCUUCCACACAACAAUGAGCCUCAGCUUGUACUACUUCACCCUUCUGAUCGCCAAAGAAGCAAGCCACACGGUCCGCACGCCCUGCGAGCAGUACGUCUGGGAUAGCUUGGCGAAGCACGUCGACACGUCCAUGCAGGUCAUUAGACGGGACAUGGAUAACCUCAACACGACCAAGCAAACUGACGUCUUUCAACGGGCCAGCGCUCUCGAAGGCGUUGUACAGUUGUUAAUUUUGGAAACGGCCAUGGCCACUGGUGCUGACUGGGAUGUUCACCUAUCCGCCGCGGUGGCUGUCUUUACUGACAUUUUUCGAGAACACGGUACGCGAGAUGGCGUGUGCCAUCUUCCUUCUGUUGAUAUGGCCAUGCACAAACCUUCUAUUCUUGACUCCAUCAGACUUAGUGUCCCUGUCUUGGAUCCAAAUCAGGCUGCUUUGCGGUUUUACUCCGCAAUACUUAUAUAUGCGGAUAUUAUCUCUAGUGUUUCGCUUGGUACGGCUCCUCGGCUGCGCUACUGUUACAGGGGCUUGAUUGAGGAUAUGCAUGAGGAGCCUAAGAGCGCUGAUGGCCCGGGACGGACACUUCAGAUGGAGAACUAUAUUGGGUGUCAGGGAUGGGUUCUACUUCUCGUUGGCGAAAUAUCCGCGCUGGACGCAUGGAAACGCUCCGUGUCCCCUAAGAGCCGCACCUGUGAGGCUGAGGAACUCGAACAACGCAGCAGAGUGCUUGAGUUGAAGCUGCAACACGGUGAAGAUGUUCUCAAAGAACGUUCAAGGUCCUAUCUCAACGCUUCAGCCAGAAAGCAGGUUUCCGUAACAGAGGUAUGGAUACAUGCUGCGAAAAUAUAUCUAUCCACAGUCAAGAAAGGGUGGGAUCCAAAUGAUCCCGUGAUUCGGAGCAACGUGGAAUCUGCCCUACUCUUCCUCGGACAACUCUCACCAGAACUUUGUCUGCGCAGUCUCCUGUGGCCAUUGUGUGUUUCUGGCUUUUUGGCCACGCCUGAACAAGAACCACUGUUCAGAGAGUAUCUUUCGGCGCUGGGGCCUCUGAAGGCUUUUGGUGCUGCGAGACAGGCCCUCCAGCUUUUGGAACGAGUAUGGGGGCUCCGUGGUCAGCUAGGUCGGGAGGAAUGGGGCAUGUCAGACUGCUUUGAAGUUGGAGGGAAGAGAGUCUUGUUGCUUUAA